AUUACAGAACAUUAUACUUUUGAGGAAAGUUGUAUGUGAAUGGCUCAUAACGCUUUUUUGCAUCUAUCAUUUCUGAACAAAGUCGAUGUAUGACGAGCAUCGCUAUAAACAUUUACAAAGCCGGGCCACGUAUUUGUUAAAUAUCUAAUCGAUAAUAAAAAUAUAUAUUCUUCGGAUAAUAAAAAUAUAUAGAAACAGAAAUAGCAUGGAAAGUAUGCAACGGUAUGUUUCACCCGUAAAUCCAGCUGUGUUUCCACACCUAGCUACGGUGCUGCUGACAAUUGGUACUUUUUUCACCGCCUGGUUUUUCGUAUUUGUGGUAUCACGACCAAAGAAUUCAAAGGAGCAUACUCUAUUUAAAGAACUUUCAAUUAGUUUUUGCGCUUCAAUAUUUCUAGGUUUCGGAGUAGUUUUUCUAAUGCUUUCAGUUGGUAUAUACAUAUAAAUUGUUUUGCGAUGGGUAAAGUGUAUUUUGAGGAAUCUAUCAGUUUUUUUGUUUAAUAAAAACCAAAACAUUGCUUUUUGUGUAACCAAAACUUUAAUAUAA